CAACUUCAGCUGAUCAGGUUACAACAGCAGCCCACCAUUCACAGCAGCAGCCAACCAUGAAUGGAGGGGAAGCCAGAAUCCACCUUGUAUUACCACAACGACAACCUGAUUGCACUGGUGGGGAAUCUAUUUGCUGCUGGGAUGGAGACCACCACAACCACUCUGAGAUGGGGCCUCCUGCUCAUGAUGAAAUACCCAGAGAUCCAAAAAAAAGUGCAAAAAGAAAUUGAUAGUGUGAUUGGAUCUGCUCAACCUCAAAUGGAGCAUAGGAAGCAGAUGCCGUACACCGACGCCGUCAUUCAUGAAAUACAGCGGUUUGGUGAUAUCGUCCCUGGUAAUGUCCCACAUGCAACUUCCCAAGAUGUCACAUUCAGAGGAUAUUUCAUUCCAAAGGGGAUCACUGUUAUACCAUUUCUAACCUCUGCUCUGAAAGAUGGCGCCUACUUUGAGAAACCAGAUGAGUUUUAUCCAGAACAUUUUCUCACCUCAGAAGGACAUUUCAAGAAGAAUGAAGCAUUCAUACCUUUUUCAAUAGGUAAGAGAAGCUGUGCUGGGGAAAACAUGGCUAAAAUGGAGCUUUUUGUGUUCUUCACAUCGCUGCUGCAGAACUUCACCUUCCAGGCACCGCCUGGAGCUAAACUGGACCUCACCCCGGAAGUGGGGACUACUAAUGCCCCCAAACCUCAUGAGAUCUGUGCUAUACCUCGCAUCUAGAACAUGCAUUUGGACUUGCUCACCUAAAGAAUUGACCAUAAUUGUUUUGUAGUACAUUAAAGGUGCUUUCAUGGAAAUGGGACUAGAUCCAGACUGUAGAGGCACAGCCACGCCUGUUGGUCCCACGGGAACCUGGGAGUUGGUGCAAAUAUCUGUACCGAUGAUCAUCAAAGUUUUCAUAUUGCCAUCAUCAAAACUCUGAAAAAGUAACAAAUUCUCGCAAUCUAAUAGUUGUACCAUCUGAAAUCUAAAUAAAAAUGAGCGCUCUGUCUCCCACCGUUCUCCUGAGAAGAUUCAUACUCUCUAUAUUUGACAAAGAGCUGCAAAUUUAUCCAAGAGAUUUACAAAGGAGUGUGACAUUUUAUAGGUGUGGAUCAUAGGGUCGACAGUAACUGGGUCGAAAGUCAUUAGGUCGACUACUAUUGGUCAACAGUGACUAGGUCGACACCUGAAAGAGGUCGACGUGGUGAUUACAUCGACGUGGACAAGGUCGACAUGGAAAAAGGUCGACAUGAGUUUUUUUUACAUUUUUUUGGUGUUGUUUUCUUCGUAAUGUGACCAGGAACCCCAAUUAGUGCACCGUGUCCCCUCGCAUGGUUCGCUUUGCUCGCCAUGCUUCGGGAAAGGUCCCUCGCUCUGCUACCGCUGCGCUCGGCACAGGUUACUAUUCCCAAUCGUAGUCCGUGUAGAUCGCAAAGGUAAUGAAAAGGUGUUUUUUUUAAAUGUAAAAAACUCAUGUCGACCUUUUUGUAUGUCGACCUAGUACAUGUCGACCUAAUGACCAUGUCGACCAGUGGUUGACCUAUUGAGUGUCAACCUGAUUGCUGUCGUCCUAAAGGCCGGAUACCUAAUUUUCAUCUACAAACCUGCUCCUGGAAUAUCUUCUCCUGGGUUCAUUAUCCACCUGUUCAUUCCUGCAACUGCUGUGCAGCUGAAAUCUCAUACAGUGCGAAUGUUUUUGUAUCCUUUUUGUUUUUUCCAGGUGGAGGGGGAGUCUUGUUUCUAAUUAGAAGUUAUUUAAACUGCUUUUCAUUUGGUUUAUAAUAUAGUUAUCUGGAAGCACAUGCUUUUAAGUAUUAUU